UGUGGUCAGCGAAUUAUGAAAUUUGCUGUAAAAAAAAUAAUUGAAAAUAAUGUGCGGAAUUUUAGCGUUGUUAUUAGCUGAUUCAAAUGCUUCAGCCAAUUUAGAAUUAUUUGAAGGUCUUCAACUUUUACAGCAUAGAGGACAGGAUGCUGCCGGAAUCAUUACGUGUGGACAAAAGGGAAGAUUUUACCAAUGUAAAGGAAAUGGAAUGGUAAGAGAUGUUUUUGAUCAAAAACAUCUACAGAAUUUAGUUGGAAGUCUUGGAAUUGGUCAUGUACGAUAUCCUACGGCUGGAACGUCCUCACAUUCUGAAGCACAACCGUUUUAUGUCAACAGUCCAUACGGAAUAGUAUUUGGUCAUAAUGGAAAUUUGAUUAAUGCACAAGAGUUAGAAGAUUUUUUAGAUUUCAACACUCAUCGUCAUAUUAACACCGAUUCUGAUUCGGAAUUGUUAUUAAAUAUAUUCGCUAAUAAUUUACAAAAAACAAAUAAAGUUAGAAUUGACGAAGAAGAUAUUUUUACAGCUAUAAAAGGAAUGUAUGAACAGUGUAUAGGUGCCUAUGCAUGUGUAGCUAUGGUUGCAGGAUUUGGCAUAAUUGGAUUUAGAGAUUCAAAUGGGAUUAGACCAAUAUGUUACGGAAAAAGAGAAAGUACGAAAGGAACUGAUUAUAUGAUUGCGUCAGAAAGUGUAGUAUUAGAUGCAUUAGGUUUUACUGAAGUUAGAGAUAUAAAUCCAGGUGAAGCAAUAAUUAUAACGAAAACAAAAAUAACAAGUCGUCGAUUAGUUGUAUCAAAAAAUAUUACGCCAUGUAUAUUCGAAUAUGUUUACUUUGCAAGACCUGAUUCCGUAAUUGAUGGUAUAUCAGUAUAUAGAUCAAGAUUAGAAAUGGGUGAAUAUUUGGCUGAUCAAGUUGUAAAAAAAUGUGGGGAUAAUAUGGAUAUUGAUGUUGUGAUUCCGGUCCCUGAAACCAGUCGCGUAGCAGCAUUACAAGCAGCUCAUAAAUUAAAACUUCCUUAUAGAGAAGGAUUUAUUAAGAAUCGUUAUAUUGGACGUACAUUUAUAAUGCCAGGACAGCAUAUGAGGAGAAUAAAUGUCCGACGCAAAUUAAACGCCAUGGCAUUAGAAUUUUCCGGCAAGAACGUUUUAAUAGUUGAUGAUUCGAUUGUUAGGGGGACAACUUCAAAAGAAAUUGUUCAGAUGGCACGCGAUGCUGGUGCCAAGAAAGUUUAUUUCGCGUCUUGCGCUCCUCCUAUUAGAUAUCCUAAUGUUUAUGGUAUUGAUAUGCCAACACGUCAAGAGCUUGUAGCAUAUAAUCGUAACGAAGAUUCGGUUGCUAAAGAAAUUGGUGCCGAUGUUAUAAUAUAUCAGAAAUUAGAUGAUUUAUUAGAAUCAUGUAGAAAAUUCAAUUCAAAUAUUAAAACCUUUGAUUGUUCGGUAUUUAAUGGAGAAUAUGUUACAGGACGUGUUACGUCAAAAUAUUUGGACGACUUAGAGAAUGUUAGAAGUGAUUUGGCAAAGAAUCGUAUGAAUAAUUUACAUUCUCCUGAAACUAUUGGUUUGCACAAUGAUUAUGGUUGCAAUGGUAAAUCUCUUUAAGGAUGUGCGGUUUAUUUUAGAGUGUAUUAAAUGGUUUAGGGAAGAGUUAUUAAAUUUUAUUUGAAUUAUUUGAAUUGUAAAUAAUAGAUUUUUUUAUUAUGGAUGAAUCGUGGUGAAAAAAUUAUUGUUUUGUGAGAUCAAAAUAGCAUAUAUAUAACGAUAAUUUUAUUUUAAUAAAAAUCAGUUUUUUUUUUAUUAUUUU